UAAUUUACUUUUUCUCUCUCCAUAUAUAUCUUUCUUCAAAUAUAUAUAACAUGACAUCCAACUUUCUCCAGAAAUAUCAUAUCAUCCUUAACAUAAGCUUUAUUUUGUGUCAAUUUUGCACUGUUUCUACAAAUAUCAAAUAUAUUAAUUCUUCCUCUUUUAGUCAGACCAAACCUAUUCCAUCUGCACUCAAUCCACCCAGUUUUGUAAGAUCACAAUUCACAGCCUCCAUAGAAAGAAAGGGAAAGUAAAAUCUUUGGUGAAAGUUUUAUUUUUGACAAUUUCUAAAAUCAGGGCAUCCAGUGUUUCUAUUUUCUCUUGUAAUCAAAAACAGUUGAAGCAAACUUGAACUGCGGUAGUUUAAUUAACUCCAGCCAAGGACAUAGUGAUCCAUUCCAGAGGUUUAUACAAAUCUUCUUGAUGAUUUUGUUGUGAAAGGGAAAAGGUUUGUUCAGUGAUCACAUUGAAGAUUUUGGUUCAAUGGAGGGUGGUUUGGUGGAGCAGGGUGGAGACAGAGUUGGACAUGUUAACAAGGUUGGUUAUGGGAAAAGGGUCAUUGUAAAGAAGAGAAAACCAUACCAUCGCAGGGUUCAUAAGAAGACAAUACCUAAGGUCCCAAAGGCACUUCAGGAGCUAUUCCUUUCAUGCAGGGAAACAUUCAAGGGUCCUGGCACUGUUCCCUCAUCACAGGAUGUUCAGAAACUGUGUCACAUUCUUGCAGAUGGCAUGAAGCCAGAAGAUGUUGGGCUAAGAUCUGAUCUGCAGUUCUUCAAUCCUGAAAAUAUUGUCAAAGAGAACCCAAGGGUCACAUACACAACCGUAUAUAGGUGCGAGAAUUUCUCGGGCACUUAUUUUCUUUUUCACAUGGAGCUCUGCAUCUUUUUCCUACCUGCAAAGGGAGUCAUUCCCCUCCACAACCACCCAGGAAUGACUGUGUUCAGUAAGCUGCUUUUGGGUCAAAUGCACAUUAAGUCCUAUGACUGGGUUGAUCCUGAGGUCUCUUACAAUUUGUUGCACCAACCAUCUCACUUAAAAUUGGCAAGAUUAAAAGCUAAUGAUGUGUUCACAGCACCCUGUGACACUUCAGUUCUGUAUCCAAAAAGUGGAGGCAACAUCCAUGAAUUCACAGCUAUAACUCCAUGUGCUGUACUUGAUGUCCUUGGACCUCCUUAUUCCAAAGAAGAUGGCAGGGACUGCUCCUACUACAGAGAUCACCAUUAUGAUGCUUUUCCAUAUGGAGAAAAUGGCAAAGAGAAAGAAGAAAACGAUAGUUACGGAUGGUUAGAAGAAAUUGAGAUGCCAGAAAACUCUCAAAUGGAUGGAAUUGAGUAUCUGGGUCCUCAAAUUAUAGAGACUGCCCUAUAGAUAAGAUCAACAUUUGGCUCAUACUCCAUAGCAUGUCCUCUUAGCUAUUCUUAUUGUGCAUAAACAGACAAAUAUAGAAAUCCCCCACCUCUUUCAAUGUGUUGCUUUUUGUUCUCUAGUGAUUAAAUUUUCUGCGGUUAAAGUAAAGCUCUAUUACCAUUAAAUUUUUUUUUUUAGUUGUUAAUUGUUAUGUAAUCAAAUUGACAUUAUAUAAAAGGCUGAUUCUUAAGGAGUUAUAAGGAAAUGAAAAACUGUGGGCUUGAAUCU